ACGAAAACCUUUCCUAUAUAUUACGAUAUAUAACGAUAUAUGACGAUAUCUUCUUCUCACAGGUUCUCUGAUGGUAUACAUCCCUGUUUCUGUCAGUCAUAUUAAUCUGUUGUUACUACUGGUCGCACUUUGCUUGGGAGUACUGCUAGGCGCUAUGCACAGCGUACAGAUUCGACCAAUGUACUACAUCAGCGCCUCAAAAUUUGAACCGGACCAAGCAAGGCGCCUACCACUACAGCAUGUAAAACUGACCCAAAUAGCACCUCUCUUCAUCACCUUCAACCCGUAUCUCCUUCCCCUCGAUGACUGAGUCAUGUCACCCGAAGAGGCCGAGUCGAGCACGUCAACGGGACGGGGAGAAGCGCCAUUGCACUCACCGAAAUAUCGUACGAGCGCGAAAGAUCCACCACUAUAUGGUGCACAGCACCGCCAGGAUGCACUUUGGGAAGGUGGGAAUGAAACGCUUCCUCCGAUGUGGCAACAAUU